AUGGCGACACGUGUGCACCUCUUCCAGAACGUGCUCACAAGUCCAGCCUUCCAAAGCGCCAUACGCAAACGACGAGAGGUGCACUGCAUCCACACAACGCUCCACCAACUAGAAAUUCGAAUAUGCAUGCACUCGCUGUGGACACGCAUGAUCUGCGCCGUGUACCGCCGGCGCAUGGAUCGCGUUCUCGACGCUGUCGGCGUGGCCGUCACGACCAAGUCGAAUUGGGACAGUUACUCGGCGACCGUGACAGCGGAAUAUCAGGUCGCGCUGGUCGACGACAUGCAUAGCGUGAUUGAUGGACAUCAUGGGUGGCUUUGA